AUGCUCGAGAAGAAGGAGGAGCAUCUCAACAAAAAGAUCGAUGACGAGCUCAAAAAGGCCAAGGCCAAUGUCACAACCAACAAGCGAGCGGCGCAAGCGGCAUUGCGGCAGAAGAAGGCAUACGAGAAUGAGCUGGAUCGAAUCGCAGGGACCAGGAUGACGCUCGAGACGCAGGUCAACGCCAUCGAGAGCGCCAACAUGAACCUCGAGACCAUGACAGCCAUGCGCAAAGGUGCCGACGCCCUCAAGACGAUUCACGGCAGUCUCAACAUCGAUAAGGUCGACUCGACCAUGGACUCCAUCCGCGAACAGAUGGAUCUCACCAACGAGAUCUCGGACGCUAUCUCCAACCCCGUGGGCAUGGGCCACGACAUUGACGAAGACGAGCUCAAGAACGAGCUCGAAGAGCUCGAGCAAGACGAGCUCAAUGAGAGGCUUGUGGGUGCCGACUCGGUGCCUCUGCACACACCUGCUGUUGCCACAUCGGCAGGGCCUUCGCGCAUCUCGAACGGUCCGGAGCGCAAGCAAGCCGUGGUGGAAGACGACGACGAUGCCGAGCUACGUGCGCUGCAGGCGGAGCUCGCCAUGUGA